GCAUGCAAGGCCCCCCCUCCCCUUGACCAGAACGGGCUAUGCUUGAUAACAAAUCUCUGAGAAAGCAGGAUACAAAGAUCAUAACGCUCCCGGCCAGCAAUGGGCGGGGGUGUUGUUGCCGCUUCUGCCCUGCGUUACCCAAGGUAUUGUACUCCGUAUAGUCAACGUGAUAUCAGUACGGAUACCGGGCGAACCGUGCCAACUGCCAAUCACCUUCAGACAAUAGACACAUGCCCCAGUAGUGGUGCACAGGGACUGCCAAUACGGAGAAGGGACAUGGGGGAUUUGGCAAACGCCCGCGGAAAAAUACACCGCCCGCCUAACCCCCCCUCUCUUCCGGGCCAAACUUCUCAACCCCGGCUCUUUGAGGCCCAUGGCUGGCUUCGAACAAGGACGGAUAGAAGCCCGGGUAUGCAAUCAUGUGCGGCGGGUGUGUCUGCUCCAACGACUCGGCUCAUCGUAUCCGAUUGUACCAGUGCGCAGACAAUAUGUACCUCACUGCCUUCGUCUUUCAAGUGGCCGACGAUGGUCUCUUCAGCACGCGAUAGAGAUCUUUGGUUUGGUAAAGGGAUGCUAUGUACCUCGAAACGGACUUGGUGCUUACGUCCAACUGACAAUCCUGAGCUUCGUCCACCCCCCUCAGCCCCGGGAAAGCUCUCUUUUCCCCUCAGCACAUUCUUAGGCGUGUAAUUCGGCCCCCGCAGCUGACCAUUGCAACAGUGUACAGUAAGCAGCUCAA